GACGAGCAGCAGGAGAAGCCAGACGCUGAACCGGGGCCCCAUGGUGGCGCGCCCGGGGCGGCGGGGGACCAACGGGGACGGCAGGGAACGGCAGCCCGGCUCCCGGGGGCUGCGGCGAGCAGCUCAGUCUCCGAGGGCCCGGGUGUGAGCCCUGCACACCGUCCCGGGUGCGGCGGCUCUGAGCAGAGACCUGAGCGCGCGGCCGGAGGAGCUCCCCAAUUUGUUGGCGCUGCCCCCUCCCCUCGGCGGUGCGCGGGCGGCGUCUCCAAGGGGAGGACCCUGCGGCGCGGGUUAGGAGGGGACCGAGCCGAGCCUAGAGCUGUGAGACUGGGAUCAUGGACCGAGUGAAGUUCUCAGUGUCCGGCCCUGCCCUGCGAGGGUGGCUGCUGCUGGCGACUGUGACAGUGGGGCUUCUGGCUCAGAGCGUCUUGGCGGGGGUGAAGAAGUUGGAUGUGCCGUGCGGAGGGAGGGACUGCAGCGGCGGCUGCCAGUGCUUCCCCGAGAAAGGAGCUCGGGGUCAGCCGGGGCCAGUGGGCACCCAGGGGUACACUGGGCCUCCAGGGUUGCAAGGCUUCCCAGGACUACAGGGCCGCAAAGGAGACAAGGGUGAACGGGGAGCUCCUGGGCCAACCGGACCAAAAGGAGAUGUGGGAGCAAGAGGCGUCUCUGGAUUCCCCGGUGCAGAUGGAAUUCCAGGACACCCAGGGCAAGGUGGGCCCCGAGGAAGACCCGGCUAUGAUGGCUGCAAUGGGACCAGAGGAGACGCAGGUCCACAAGGGCCCUCUGGACCUGGGGGCUUCCCUGGCCUCCCUGGGCCCCAAGGACCCAAGGGGCAGAAAGGUGAACCUUAUGCACUAUCUCAAGAAGACCGCGACAAAUACAGGGGUGAACCUGGAGAGCCCGGACUGGUCGGCUACCAGGGGCCUCCUGGCCACCCGGGGCCAAUAGGACAGAUGGGUCCCGUGGGAGCUCCCGGAAGACCGGGACCACCGGGGCCCCCUGGACCCAAAGGACAACCAGGCAACCGAGGACUUGGUUUUUACGGAGAGAAGGGUGAAAAGGGUGACGUAGGACAGCCAGGACCCAACGGGAUCCCAUCCGACACCACGCUUGUUGGGCCCACAACAACAACGUACCAUCCGGAUCUGUACAAGGGUGAGAAGGGAAGCAGAGGAGAGCCAGGGAUACCAGGCACCACCUUGAAGGGCGAGGAAGGCAUCAUGGGAUUCCCAGGAAUGCGGGGUCUUCCUGGCCUUGAUGGAGAAAAAGGGAUCUUCGGGCAGAAAGGAAGCAGAGGCCUAGAUGGUUUCCAAGGCCCCAGUGGACCCCGAGGACCCAAGGGAGAACGUGGGGAACAAGGCCCCUCAGGACCCUCUGUCUACUCACCCCAUCCAGCCCUGGCAAAAGGUGCCAGAGGUGACCCGGGAUCCCCAGGUGCUCAUGGGGAGCCAGGAAGCCGAGGCGAGCCAGGAGACCCUGGCCCCAUGGGGCCCCCAGGCCCGUCUAUUGGAGAUGAAGAUACAAAAAGAGGCCUUCCAGGGGAGAUGGGACCCAAGGGCUUCUUGGGGGAACCGGGCCACCCAGCACGCUAUCCAGGUCCACCAGGAGCUGAUGGGAAACCAGGUCUCCAAGGAGCCACUGGGCCUCCAGGCCCACCUGGACCAGAUGGCUUCCUGUUUGGCCUGAAAGGAUCAGAAGGAAGAGUGGGUUACCCAGGACCUUCAGGUUUCCCAGGGGCUCGAGGGCAGAAAGGAUGGAAAGGUGAAGCCGGAGACUGCCAAUGUGGCCAGUUCAUCGGGGGUCUUCCAGGAUUGCCAGGACCCAAGGGUUUUCCUGGUGCCAAUGGGGAGCUGGGAAAGAAAGGGGACCAAGGGGACCCGGGCGUGCAUGGUAUCCCUGGGUUCCCAGGAUUCAAGGGAGCCCCAGGCCCCACUGGAGUUCCGGGACCCAAAGGAGUAAAAGGGGACUCCAGGACAGUAACCACCAAAGGUGAGCGAGGACAGCCAGGUAUCCCUGGUGUACAUGGGAUGAAAGGUGAUGACGGUGUCCCAGGACGUGAUGGACUGGAUGGAUUUCCUGGCCUUCCUGGUCCUCCGGGUGAUGGCAUCAAAGGCCCUCCAGGGGACACAGGUCUCCCUGGCUUACCUGGAACCAAGGGCUUUCCAGGAGAAGUGGGUCCUCCAGGACAAGGCUUACCAGGCCCAAAAGGCGAACGUGGCUUCCCUGGUGAUUCUGGAUUUCCAGGACCUCCAGGCUUACCUGGUCCUCCAGGUCCCCCAGGAACCCCAGGACAGAUAGACUGUGACACAGGUGUGAAAAGGCCCAUUGGAGGUGGCCAGCAAGUGGUCGUUCAGCCAGGUUGCGUUGGAGGCCCCACAGGAUCACCUGGCCAGCAAGGACCCCCAGGCCCCACAGGUAUCAAAGGCAUCAGAGGAACCCUAGGAUUCCCAGGAGGUGCUGGAACACCAGGUCUUAAGGGCUUUCCAGGAGACCCAGGUCGUGAAGGCUUCCCAGGACCCCCAGGGUUCAUGGGACCCCGAGGAUCCAAAGGUGCCACAGGCCUCCCUGGCCCAGACGGACUCCCAGGUCCCAUUGGACUUCCAGGACCAUCUGGACCCCCUGGAGAUAGAGGGAUUCCAGGAGAAGUCCUAGGGGCCCAACCUGGACCCCGGGGAGAUGCUGGAUUACCGGGACACCCUGGGCUAAAAGGGCCUCCAGGAGAAAGAGGACCCCCUGGAUUCAGAGGAAGCCAAGGGAUGCCCGGGAUGCCAGGGCUUAAGGGUCAGCCAGGCUUCCCAGGACCUUCAGGACAGCCAGGACUAUCUGGACCCCCAGGACAACAUGGAUUCCCAGGAGCUCCUGGCCGAGAGGGGCCCUUGGGGCUGCCAGGCUCCCCAGGCCUUGGAGGUUUGCCUGGAGACAGGGGUGAACCCGGUGAGCCUGGUGUCCCUGGCCCUGUGGGCAUGAAAGGUCUGUCUGGGGACAGAGGUGAUGCCGGCAUGUCAGGCGAGCGUGGUCAUCCCGGAAGCCCUGGCUUUAAAGGAAUGGCGGGGAUGCCUGGCCUCCCUGGGCAAAAAGGCGACCGGGGGUCACCAGGGAUGGACGGCUUCCAGGGCAUGCUGGGACUCAAGGGAAGACCAGGCUUCCCAGGAAUCAAAGGAGAGGCUGGAUUCUUUGGAGUGCCCGGUCUGAAGGGCCUGCCUGGAGAGCCGGGUGUUAAAGGAAACCGAGGGGACAUGGGCCCCCCAGGACCACCUCCUAUCAUCCAGCCGGGGAUGAAGGAUAUUAAAGGAGAGAAAGGAGAUGAAGGGCCCAUGGGCCUGAAAGGCUACCUCGGCGUGAAAGGUAUCCAAGGAAUGCCUGGGGUCCCAGGGGUGUCUGGGUUCCCCGGGCUACCGGGGAGGCCCGGUUACAUCAAAGGAGUCAAGGGCGACAUCGGAGUCCCAGGCAUACCAGGCUUGCCAGGGAAGCAGGGGGUGAUUGGCCCUCCUGGAAUUACCGGAUUCCCAGGGUUCACAGGAAGCCGGGGUGAAAAGGGUGCUCCAGGAAGAACAGGGUUUUUUGGCGAGACUGGCCCCACUGGGGACUUUGGUGAUAUUGGGGAUACCGUGAACUUACCAGGAAACCCGGGCCUGAAGGGGGAACGGGGAAUCACCGGAAUUCCAGGACUCAAGGGAUACUUUGGAGAGAAAGGAGCCCAAGGUGACAUUGGAUUUCCGGGGAUAACAGGCAUACCUGGAGGCCCGGGCUCUCCCGGACUCAAAGGACAGACAGGUUUUCCAGGGCUCACAGGGCUGCAAGGGCCACAGGGAGAGCCAGGACGGAGUGGAGUGCCUGGUGACAAGGGGGAUUACGGCUGGCCAGGGGUACCAGGGUUACCAGGUUUUCCAGGAAUCCGAGGGAUCAGCGGAUUGCACGGCCUGCCAGGCACUAAAGGCUUCCCUGGAUCCCCAGGUGCUGACGUCCAUGGAGACCCAGGGUUAUCAGGCCCCACUGGAGACAGGGGUGACCGAGGAGAAGCCAACACACUUCCAGGCCCCGUGGGAGCUGCAGGGCAGAAAGGGGAGCGGGGAACCCCAGGGGAGCGUGGCCCAGCCGGAAGCCCAGGACUUCAGGGUUUCCCUGGCAUCUCUCCGCCAUCCAACAUAUCCGGGGCACCUGGUGAUGUAGGGGCACCAGGAAUAUUUGGCUUAGAAGGCUACCGAGGCCCUCCAGGACCACCUGGGUCAGAUGCACUUCCUGGAAUCAAAGGAGAUGAGGGGAGCUCCGGAGCUCCAGGAUUGCCUGGAGAGAAAGGAUGGGUUGGAGACCCAGGGCCCCAGGGCCAGCCUGGUGUAGUUGGUCUUCCAGGGGAGAAAGGGCCUAAGGGUGAGCAAGGAUUCAUGGGCAACACUGGGCCCUCUGGGAACGUGGGUGACAGAGGCCCCAAAGGACCCAAAGGAGACCAAGGAUUCCCAGGCGCUCCUGGCUCCAUGGGAUCUCCAGGCAUUCCAGGCAUCCCCCAGAAGAUUGCCACCCAGCCUGGAACCAUGGGUCCCCAGGGCAGGAGAGGCCUUCCCGGUGCACAGGGAGAGAUGGGGCCUCAGGGCCCUCCAGGAGAUCCAGGUUUCCGUGGGGCUCCAGGCAAGGCUGGGCCCCAGGGCAGAGGAGGUGUGUCUGCUAUUCCGGGGUUCCGAGGAGACCAAGGGCCCAUGGGACAGCAGGGCCCAGUCGGCCAGGAAGGGGAGCCAGGCCGUCCAGGGAGCCCAGGCCUUCCAGGGAUGCCAGGCCGCAGUGUCAGCAUUGGCUACCUCCUGGUGAAACACAGCCAGACGGACCAGGAGCCCAUGUGUCCUGUGGGCAUGAACAAGCUCUGGAGUGGGUACAGCCUGCUGUACUUCGAGGGCCAGGAGAAAGCCCACAACCAGGACUUAGGGCUGGCCGGCUCCUGUCUGGCUCGCUUCAGCACUAUGCCCUUUCUGUACUGCAAUCCGGGUGACGUCUGCUACUAUGCCAGCCGCAAUGACAAGUCCUACUGGCUCUCCACCACUGCCCCACUGCCCAUGAUGCCCGUGGCUGAGGAGGAAAUCAAGCCCUACAUCAGCCGCUGCUCUGUGUGUGAGGCCCCAGCUGUGGCCAUUGCCGUCCACAGCCAAGAUGUCACUAUACCCCACUGCCCAGUCGGGUGGCGGAGCUUAUGGAUCGGCUAUUCCUUCCUCAUGCACACCGCAGCUGGGGACGAAGGCGGCGGCCAGUCACUGGUGUCCCCGGGGAGCUGUCUGGAGGACUUCCGUGCCACGCCUUUCAUCGAGUGUAACGGAGGCCGUGGGACCUGCCACUACUUCGCUAACAAGUACAGCUUCUGGCUGACCACAAUCCCUGAGCAGAACUUCCAGGGCACGCCAUCGGCCGACACACUCAAGGCCGGCCUCAUCCGCACCCAUAUUAGCCGCUGCCAAGUGUGCAUGAAGAACCUGUGAGCCGUCCACCCUGCCCGCCGGCAGCCGCGUGGGAAGGCCUCUUUGGUGCUCAUUCUUCCGUAUUUGUUUUAUUUUGUGUUUGAGACAGUGUCUCACUUUUCAUCCCUGCCUAGCCUGGAACUAUGUAACCCAGGCUGGCCUCCAACUUGUGGCAAACCUACUGCCUCAGC